AUGUCCUGCGUCCUGAGCACCAUGUCAAAGGGAGUCUGCCAGCAUUUUGGAGAGCUGGAUGAAGAGCAUGUGGUAGAGACUGCAAAGUCUUUGAGCGUCAUUGAUGGAUUCGAGGAGCAUGAAUGCACCAUCAUCAUUCGAAAGUACAGUGUUAUCCUCGCAAAGAAAGGCGUGGAUUAUCUCAAGAAGAUUCUGAUCCUUGACCAAGGAGCCAUAUAUAGGAAGUAUAUGGAUUUGAAGCAGCUGCCAGCAACGCGCUGA